CGGUGAUUUAGUAUAAUGCUCGACUAUUUUAAGGCAGCGUUUAUUUUUCUCUCUUUGGUAGCUGAGAGAAUAGGUGGAGUACUUCUUUUUUUUUUAUAUAAAAAAAAGAAUUGGUGGAGUUCGCUAAGAUGGUUGGUUUCAUUGGGGUUUCAUACAUCCCCGUAAUUCUGGAAUCCGGUAAGGUCAACGGGGGACUCCUAUCUAGGUGUGGCCCCAUUUUGUAACAAUUCUUCCUUGAACGAGUUUCUUGAUUCAUUGAAAAGAAAAAAAGAACAAAAAAAGAACGUUUGGAGCUGCUUUAUAUACAUCUAUCAAGUUGGGUUGUACUUAGAAAAUGAUACUUCAGAGGUGGGGUUUUUUGCCGAUGAUGUUGCUACUAGUGGUGGCUGCAAUAACAGGAGCAACAGCAAAUCCAGAUGUGAAAGAUGGCUGCCAAGAAAGGUGUGGGGAUGUUAUUGUUCCUUACCCGUUUGGGAUUGGGGAACAAAGAUGUGCCAUGAAUUCUAACUUCUUUCUAAGAUGCACUUCAACUGAUGAUGGUCAUCAUGAACUGUGGUUUGGAUUCGUGCCUGCUCGCCAUAUAUCGGUGGAGGAGGGCACAGUCAUUAUAGACUUUGUUCCAGCAUUUGAUUGCUACGACAAGUCAGGGCAGCAGGUGAGGCUUUACAAUCUGUCUAUGGAUCUUAUAGACCCCUACACAAUUUCAGAGUCAAGAAAUAUGUUCACAGCAGUUGGUUGUGAUACCAUUGCUAUGGGGACCAACAAGGAGGCGACAUCCGGGGUUGGUUGUCUCUCUUUAUGUACUGUAAAUGCUACCAUGUCAAAGGAGAAUUCCUGCUCAGGUUCUGGAUGCUGCCAGACCUCGAUUCCCAAGGGUCUCAAGUCACUGAAUAUUACCGUUCAGAGCCUUCGCAACCACACGACUGUUUCCGAAUUUAACCCUUGUGGAUUUGCUUUCCUUCAGGAGAAAGUCUCCUUCAACCUCUCGGAUUGGCCACUCUCUCGAACUCCAACAGAUUUUGAUAGAUCAAAUGUUGUGAUCGAAUGGGUAGCUCAAACCGAGACAUGCGAAGAGGCUCGGGCCAAUAAGAGCUCAUAUGCUUGUGGCAUCAAUACAAAUUGCUACUACUCCGAUAAUGGUCAAGGAUAUCGCUGCGCAUGCAAUGAAGGGUUCGAAGGAAACCCAUAUCUUGAAAAAGGAUGCCAAGAUAUCGAUGAGUGCAAGGAUGCCGGCAAGAGAUACCCAUGUCAAGGUAAAUGCCAUAACACCAUUGGGGAUUACGAAUGUAAAUGUCCACUUGGCAUGAGAGGUGAUGGCAAAAGAGGUUGCCGUGGGUUUGGCAUCAUCACAAUUAUUAUUUCAGUUGUUGUUGGAGUGGUUGGAGUGUUGUUACUGCUCAUUGGUGGUUGGUGGCUGUACAAAAUCAUGGAGAAAAGGAAGAGCAUCAAACUGAAACAGAAGUUUUUCAGACAGAAUGGUGGUCUCUUGUUACAGCAACAAUUAUCCUCAGUGAUCAAGGGUAUUUCCAAAACCAAAGUAUUUAGCUCAGAGGAGUUGGAAACUGCCACAGAUGGUUUCAAUGUGAACAGGAUACUUGGUCAAGGUGGCCAAGGUACCGUGUACAAAGGGAUGCUAGCAGAUGGAGUAAUUGUUGCUGUCAAAAGGUCCACAAUGGUGAGUGAAGAAAACCUUGAAGGAUUCAUCAACGAGGUCUGUAUUCUUUCACAAAUCAACCAAAGAAAUAUAGUCAGGCUACUUGGUUGCUGUUUGGAGGCAGAAGUUCCUCUUUUAGUUUAUGAAUUUAUUCCUAAUGGAACUCUUUCCGAGUAUCUCCAUCGCCAAAAUGAGGAGUUCCCUUUAUCAUGGGAAAUGAGAUUACAGAUUGCUGCUGAAACUGCCGGAGCACUUUCCUAUCUUCACUCAGCAGCUUCCAUUCCAAUUUAUCAUCGAGAUAUAAAGUCCACCAACAUACUCUUAGAUCACAAGUAUCGAGCAAAGAUUGCCGAUUUCGGGACUUCAAGAUCACUCUCCGUUGAUCAAACUCAUUUGACGACUACUGUGCAAGGCACCUUUGGUUACUUGGACCCAGAAUACUUUUGGUCCAGUCGAUUUACAGAUAAGAGUGAUGUUUAUAGUUUUGGAGUAGUUCUUGCUGAGCUCUUAACUGGACAAAAAGCAAUUCUUACAAACGAGUCACAAGAACACACAAACUUGGCUGCACAUUUUGUUCUUUUGAUGGAAGAGAACAGAAUUUUUGAUAUUGUUGAUGCUCAAAUUAAGGAGCACUGCCCCAAGGAGGAUGUCAUCGGUGUAGCUAAUAUUGCAGAGAGAUGCUUGAAUUUGAACGGAAAAAAGCGACCGACAAUGAAACAAGUCACAUCAGAGUUGGAGAGGAUCAUUCCAUUGUCACAAAAGAAGGACGUUCAACAAAAUAACGAAGAAGCUGAUCAGAGCAUCACGGCUGAAGUAGUCAGUGCGUGGGAUGAUGCUUCUACAUCAAUUACUUGCAGCAGUUUUCAAGUUGAUCAGGCUCUAUCAUCAUCUGACGUCGAACCUUUGGUCCCUUUCAAGACUUGGUGAUCCAUUAAUAAGAAACGCGUCUCGACUCUCAAAUCACAAGAAGAAAUGGAGUGAUCUUGGUGUGCCUAGAAGGGACAUCUUUGAAUGCUUGAGUUUCUGGGUCAUCCACUGAAGGAAAAUGGAAACUGGUUUGUUACAGUCCCUCUCAGAUUGUUGCUAAUGGCGCCAAAGGCUGGGAUUAUUGUCUUUGUCUUGUAGGCUAAUUUAUGGGUAAAAGUCCCAAUCUCUACUCUGUUUCUGCUAUGGCAAAUACCCUAUGGUGGCCGGAUGUUCCUGUUCAAGUUUAAUAUGGACCGAAAGGCCAUUCCUGAGAUGUGAUAUAAUUUUGAUCCUAGUGAUUUAGGACGAUGCUAGACCACUUCAACGUAGCAUUUAAUUUGGACUUUGUGAUUGUAGCGGACUUUCUGGACUUCAAUAAGGAAAUUUUCAAUCUCUAAGGAAAUGACUGUCUGUCUUAGGUUCACUUAUUGAAGGACUUGCAUUCUCAUGGAGAAGAGUGAUGAUUUGCCUGGCAAAGAUUAUAUCUCUUCACUAUUUUUCUGACCCCACAAGUAUUCAUGAAGUGCUGUUAGCCUAGAUAGCUCAUCAGAUACUUCAAGCUUGGCCUUUUUACACCGCUAUUUCUACAUCUUUUUGCAAGCUCAGCAACCAUUUCUAUCUCCUCCGCUUCUUCUUUAGCUACCUCAAAAUCUAAAAUUUUAAGGAGAUGAUUGUUUUCCAACGAUGAGAUGAAAAUGAUGUUACGGUUCUCUCCAGGCAUUAGAGUUUGGCUUCUGUCCUGUCAGAAGCUCCACAAGAACUACUCCGAAGCUGAAGACAUCACUCUUUACUGUUAAAUUACCUGUCAUAAGACACUUACUAUUCAGGUAGCCAAAAUUCCCCUAUGUUUUUGUGGCUAUAUCAGCUUCACUUGGUGAAAUCAGCUCUGAAUCUCAAAAAUCAGCUCCGGAAGUAUGUUCACUGUCUUGACAUCCCCGUGAACGAUUGGAGGGUUUGCUAAAGAACGCAAAUAAUUAAGUGCAAGUGCAGUCUCAACAGCUACCCUCAAACGGUUUUGUCCGAGAUCUCAACACUUGAGACUUUUAUCAUGGAUAUGAUGAAAAGGGGUUCCGUUUGAGAUGAAUUUGUAAACUAGUAAAGGCUCUUUGGUCUGCAAAAAUAGUCCGAAAAGCUUUUGACUACAUUCUUGCGAUUGACUGGUAGCCAAUUUCAUGCUGAAAUUCCUCGUUCAUUUGAGCCUUGUCUACUCCCUUAAACUUCUGGGUAUAAUCUGGUAAAACUCCUUUGUAUACAGCCAAAACCACCUUGGCCAAGUUUCUGAUUAUCAUCAUAAUUGUUCGUUGCUUUUGCCA